AACAAAUUGUCUGCUCCUUUUCUCUUUAGGCAAUGAAACCGAAGAAAGGACUGAAAAGCUCCAUUGAUGACGUUCUUGGUGAUCUCCUUGGUGAUGAAGAUGACGUUCCCCUUAAAUCCAGCAAACCUGCCUCAUUUGGUAAUAGUGCAGGAAGACCCAGAGGAAUCGCCUCACAGACCAGCAAAAAGGGCCUCCUGGGGGAUGAUGUCUUCAGCAAAAUGGCUCUUGAGGAAGAGGAAGUUGCAGAGGAUCCUGAUAUCUCAGAUGCAGACCCAGAAGCUCUUCUAGAGACCUUGAAGGAUAUAGAUGACAUGGACGCUGAUCUUCUAGGCAUAAAGAAAGCGCCUGCUCAGAAACUGGGGAAGAAUGUGGCAAAAACUCGGCCUUUGAAUGAGCCAGCAAGUUCUGCUAAGAAAACAUCAGUCACUGAGAGACGAGACUCAGAAAGUGGAAUCGCUAAGAAUCCCAGCUCUGCUCUCGCCACUUCCAGAAAUCUGAAACAGAAGUUUUCUUUUGAAGAUAUAGACGACCCUCUAGCUGGUCUUUUGUCUGAUGAGGAAGAGGACAUGGUGAAGAAAGCUCCUUCCUUUGCCACCAAAAGUGUUCCAGAAACAAAUGCUGGGACCUCUAAAGAGAAAGGAAUACCUGUGUCUGCAGCUCCUGGCCAUGUUGCUGCCCCCGAACGGAAGCGGGACGAGUUAACAUUUGAAGUUGAUGGAGAUGAUCUCAUGGAUGCCAUGGGGUUUGGUGAGAGCCCGAAGACAGAGCUGAAAUCCGGAAGGAAGGACAGAGAGGAGCAGUCUCGUCCCGCCCGAUCCAUGCUAGAUGAAUUGCUUGGGCAAGGAACAGCCAAAAAGCUUCUAGAGAGACCAAAGACAGGAGAACACAAGGAGUUCAAACUGGACAAGAAAUAUCAAAAGCAAUCAGAGAAGGAAGAUACUUUGGGAGAAGAGUUCACUUUUGGAGCCUACCAGCCCACUGUGGCCAUGAUUCCAGACGGAAGGCAGUCAAGACGACAGUCUGUCAGGUUUUCCUCGGAGAAUCUCAGUGAUCUUAAAACAGACCAGAAACCAGCGACUCCUCAUUCUGGCCACACCAGCCCUGUACGCAACAGGACUGCAGCUGAUUGGCUGGGGCUGAAAGAGGAUGAUUUUAAACUGCCACCUUCACCUCCGCUAAAGGAACCCAGCAAGACCAGCAUAAGAGGAGCCACACUGGACAGGCCGCCUAGCCCUUCCGAUGCCGAGCCCCCCAUUCCUACCAGCCAUCUUCCUUCUAGGUCAAAAGCAUCUGCUGAAGAAGCAGCAGCACCAAAGCAUGAACCCAUCAAGGAUGAUGGUGGGGACAGCUGGCUGAGCAAUGUCUUAUCUCAGAAGAGAACUCGAGCUCAGGAGAAAGAGAGGAGACCUGCGUCCUCGGAGAUUCAGCGAAAAGAAGUGGAUCCCAUCACUCCUACCAGCCAGGGGGCUCCAUCCGCCUAUCAGCAGUCUGUUGCCCCAGUAGAUAGGCCUGCCAGACUGGAACAACCUGGGUCUUCCAUACCUCUGUUAAGAUCUCAGGAACAAACCACUCCUGCUUUUCCAUCUAAUUCCAGGAAAGGGACUCCUUUUGGAGACACCAGUAAGACAACACCUGCAGCUUUUUUCCCUGGACACGAAGAAAUCCUCCCCAUUCCUAUGCACUCUCCGCUCCUGCACUUGGAACCGCACAUGCUGAGCCCACCUAAUAGCAGCGAGUAUGAAAAAAGGCUGGCGGGUCUGCAAGCGCAGCUGCGAGAAAGCCUGGCGAGCAAUCAGGCGGAUCUCCUGGGUGCUCAAACUCGCAUCGCUGAGCUGGAAGGACAGGUCAGGCGGCUGGAGCUGGAGAAGAAUCAGCAAAAGCUGCUGUUGGAAAGUUUACAGCAGCGCCAUCAAGAAGACUUGGAGCUCAUCGAGAAUGCUCACAGGAACCGCGUAAAGGUGAUUGAGGACUCGUACCACCAGCGUGAGGAGCGCCUCCGGCAAGAGAACCAAGAGCUGGCGGGUCGAUAUUUAUCUUGCUGCCAGAAUGCAGAGGAGGCCAAAUCGGAGUUGCUGGCCCAACACCAGCGCCGGCUGACAGAGCUAGAGCAGGAGAAGGCCAAGGAUAUUGAUCGGCUACGGGAGCUUCAGCGGAUGUCUAUUCUGGAAAUGCGCAAAGACCACGAAGAGCAACUGCAACGUUUGAAACAGCUGAAGGCUCAGGAGAUCGACGCAGUGACCAGCGCCACCUCUUACACCAGGUCUUUGAAUGGUGUCAUCAGUCAGAUGGAGAAGUUCUCCAGCAACCUGAAUGACCUUGCUAACAAAGUGGAGGCCACUCACCACACCACAUCCCAAGGACUUGAGAUCGGGUCUCGCCAACGGGAUGAACAACUCAGGGUUCUGGAAGACCGUCUGAUCCGGCAGCAGAGAGACAUGGAAGAAGAACGCAGCCGGCUCCAAGACGUCAUCUCUAAGAUGGAGGCCAGGCUGAAUGAGCAGACUCGCCUUCUGGAGCAGGAACGCUGGAGGGUGACAGCAGAACAAUCCAAGGCAUCGUCUUUGCAACACUCACUAGAGGAGCAGAGGAGGGUCAUGACCCAGCAGCUGAGCAUGGAGAAAGAAGAGCUAGAGAGGGCAAAGAAUGCUUUGCUUGACGAGCAGAAGGCUGUCAUGCAGAAAUGUGCCACGGAGCGCCACAAGCUUGCUGCAGAGUGGUCUGAGCUCCACACCCAACAGAGGCUGAGCAAAGAACGCACAGAGAGGGAGGUGGACCGGGCUCUGCAGAUUGACUCUCAGAGAGAAGGGGCCAUCAUGAGCCUGGCAAAGGAACGCGCGGACCUGCAAAUCAAAGCCAGUGAGCUGAGGUCGAGGGAGGAGCAGCUGGCGAGAGAUCGGGAGAUUCUGGAGCAAGAGAAGCAGGAGCUGAGGCUGGAAAAGGAAAGGGUCAACGCAGCAGCUUUGCACGUCAAGCAGAGGACUGAAGAAAUCCAUAGCAUGAGCAAACUAUCCUCAGAGAAAUAUGAAGAGGGGGAAAGAGCCCUCCUGGAGGCAAGGAAGGUGGAGUCGGAGCAUCAGGCCAGGCUGCGUCUUGUGCAGCAUCAGAUGGAGCGACUCAGGGAGCAGGAGGAACUGCUGCACCAGGAGCACCUCAGCUUGUCUCAACAGAGGAGGCAGCUUGAACAACUGCGGGUGGGACUUCCAAGCAAUCCAUUGGUGUUCCAGACCACAUCCCAGAUGCCGUUGUCAGGAGCUCAGGCCAAUGCAAUCUCCAGGACACACUAUUUCUCUUUUCCUGUUACUGAUCUACCUAAAGCCAACCCCACAACCUCUCACGGCCAAUCAAGUUCAGGACCAGCAGAUCUCUAUGCUAAGCUGGUGCUGCAUAAGAUUUCAGCUGAUCGGGAUCAUGAUUUCUUGGAGGAAGAACAGUUCUUCUUAGAAACCUUGAAGAAAACCUCCUACAAUGCUCCAUCCCAGUCAGCAUGAGAAUGGAAGAGUCCUGAAGGCAUCCCUGCCUGGACUGAUGGUUUCUCCUAAUAAAGAUGGAACUUUAUCAUUUUGAUAUUUUUUUUUAAUGCUUCCAGAGGGCGGUGGUAAAUGUAAACAUGUAAAUGCCAAACCUCACCUUAACAGAUACUACAUUUGUAAAAUAAAACUUUUUAAAGUUUCCUGUAA